UCUAGAAUAGGGACAUAGUAGACUACCUUAGCUAACUGUAUGAUGAUACAUUACCCACCUUGCAGCCUUGCUGUAUAUAGAUCGCUUCAAUUACAUAACUCAUUCUGUCCAAUUCUUGCUUCAAAUACUUGUACGAUAAUUGGUAGAUUUCCACAUGACCAUGCAUAUAUCUUACAUGAUGUCAUUUUGAACAAGAAUCACAGCCUGUAAGUCCAAAUUUGCGUUGCUCAGCGGCGUGAACAACGCUAAACUUAAAUGUAAAUCUGAAAGUUAUCGGUAUUCAGUCUGAUGCUAUAAAACGUGGUUGAAGGUCGGAUCGUUGAGUUUUAUAUUUUGUUUGAAACUGAGACGAUUUAAAACAAACGUGUUGUUUGCUUCAACUUGCACACUAUCGCUCCAAGACGGCAAUUUGUAUUACGCGAUGUCGAGGAUGAGCAGCGAUCGAGUUUUUGUCGGGUGGUUAUUGCAAUACCUUUCAUCAAAACAAAUCGUCGUUGCGGCUUUUCUUUUAGCAACAACCUUGUUGGUGUUAUUCAGAAUGAACUGUUUUCAUGGAUUUCUCCAGCGAAAUCUCGCCCCACAUUUCCGAAAACCAGGGACCGGAUUUUUCGGAUUUCUUUGUCGUCAGUUUUUGAAAGGAAAUCGACCACUUGAAGAAACAGCAUUUCGAUCGCUCGAUGCUCAACCACACCACAAAAUUCUUGAAAUAGGUUUUGGAUAUGGUCACGGAAUAUCUUACGCUUUGGACAAUGGAAUGAGAGAUGGUAGUGGAGUGGUAUACGGUAUGGACUUUUCAGCCGAAGCUUGUGACCAUGUCAGGAAGUUACUUAUAAACGAUUUGAAGAGUGGGAAAUUGGAAAUAAUUUUUGGAGAUGUUGCAAAUAUACCGCUGAAAGAAUCGACUAUAGAUAGAGUCUUUCACACAAACUGCUACUACUUUUGGCCAGAACCAUUGAAUGUUUGUCGGGAAAUACUGCGUGUCAUGACGCCUGGUGGUAUCAUGACGACUGGUAUAGAGCCAGAGAAAGUUAAACGAGCCGCAUUGUCGGGAGUAAUAGAACCCUGCCAGAUUGAUCCCGAUUUUUACAUAGAGUGCUUAGUUGAAGCUGGAUUUGAACACGUACGUAUGGAAGAAGCAUCUUAUCAGAGAAAUGGACAUAAAGUGAUUUUUGCUCAGAAAAAAAAAGUAUGACUUGUGUACCGAUCAGAUAUGCCAAUCAGCAUUACAUACGUUGCCAUGUGUAGCAGAAGCUUCAGAAUUUUUACAUUGAUUUUUUUUCAUUUGGUGAUCUCUUGCAUUCGAUUUUUAUAUGGUACUCUUCAAAGAUUUUCUCAAUUAAACA